AUGCCCAUUGAAUCUGAUCGAGGAAGUCUAGCCACUGACUGCGCAAAGGUUUUGGCCUUCCUGUUUGCCAUCCAGGAGAUCAAUCGGAACCCCCGGCUCUUACCCAACGUCACGUUGGGCUACAACGUCUACGACAACUAUAAUGAUGGAAGUCUGAGUUAUGAUGGCUUGUUCUACCUGCUCUCCUCUGCACAAAAUAAUGUUCCAAACUAUCACUGUGGAAGAGAGAAGACCCUCCUGGCUGUCGUUGAAAGGGAUGAGUCUGAAAUCUCCAUCCAGAUUUCACAUCUGAUGGGCAUCUUCAAAAUCCCACAGACAAACAAAAGGAUAGAAUUUGUCACUUACGCAACGUUGUACUCUUCUAUCGAGCAGUUUUGGGAGCAAUCAUUCCAUUGUGUGUAUUCAAAGCCCUCUUUGGCUGUGAAAGGCCAAGUCAGUUGUGCGGAGAGAGAGAAUCUGGAGGACCUUCCCCAGGAUAUGAUCGAAACGAUCCUUUCUCGAGACAGCUACCUGACCUUCCAUGCUGUCCAUGCUUUGGCACGGGCCUUACACGCUGCUUACACAUCGAGAUUCAAGCAGAUCUUUGGCAGGGACAAGUUGGGACCCCACGCUCUACAGCCCUGGCAGCUUCAUGCUUUCUUGAGGAGCGUCCCACUUUCCAAUACUUCCACAGGUGAAGUGCACUUGGAUGAGAGCAGGGACGUUGCAGUAGAUCUUGAUAUUGUGCAGUGGGUGGGAUUUCCCAAUAACUCCCAUGGGGGAGUGAAAGUCGGAACUGCGGAGAGACAACCAUCCAGAGAGCCCAAAAUCACCAUUGACCAGAACUCCAUAAUGUGGCCCAAGCGGAUAAACAAGUCCAUCCCCCGUUCAAGGUGUUCCGAGAGCUGUCAGCCUGGACAAGCCAAGGUGACUCGGGAAGAGAAGCCAUUUUGCUGCUAUGACUGUGUUCCUUGCCCGGAAGGAACUAUCUCCACAAAGGAAGAUGCAGACCAUUGUGACAAAUGUCCAGAAGAUCAGGAUCCAAAUGGUGACCAAGAUAAAUGUGUCUUGAAGGCUACAACUUUUCUGUCCUACAAAGAAUCUCUGGGGCUUAUCCUAACUGUCAUUCCUCUAUUCUUGUCUUUAAUCACUGGUGGCAUUUUAGGACUCUUCAUUAAAUUCCGAGAUACUCCAGUAGUCAAAGCCAACAAUCGGGACCUCACCUACAUUCUCCUAGUCUCUCUUCUGUUUUCCUUCCUCUCCUCCUUUCUAUUUAUUGGCCAGCCAAAGAAAGUAACAUGUCUCCUUCAACAAGCCACCUUCAGCACCAUCUUCUCGGUUUCUAUCUCCUCUGUCUUGGCCAAAACCGUCACUGUGGUGGUGGCCUUCAUGGCAACAAAACCAGGGAACGGAAUGAGGAAAUGGCUGGGCAAGUGUUUGGCCAACUCCAUCAUCAUCUCUUGUUCGAGUAUCCAAGUUGGCCUCUGCAUCAUCUGGCUGGGAACCUCUCCCCCCUUCCCAGAGUCCGACAUGCACUCCCAGGCUGGGCAGAUCACGCUGCAAUGCAACGAAGGGUCUGUGGCCAUGUUUUAUGGUGCCCUGGGCUACAUGGGCUUCCUGGCUGCCGUCUCUUUCACGGUGGCUUUCCUGGCCAGGAAGCUGCCUGGGGCCUUCAACGAGGCCAAGCUGAUCACCUUCAGCAUGCUGGUGUUUUGCAGCGUGUGGGUGUCGUUUGUGCCCACCUACCUGAGCACGAAGGGGAAAUACAUGGUAGCCGUGCAGGUCUUCUCCAUCUUGGCUUCCAGUGCUGGGCUCCUGGGUUGCAUCUUCCUUCCCAAAUGCUACAUUAUUAUAAUGAGGCCUGAUCUGAAUACCAAGCAGCAUUUAAUUACAAAACUGAACAGUUAA